GCGACUGCGUGACUUCAGCCUCCGGGGCGCUGGAGGGCGGGGCGGGGCCUGUAGUUCCCCGCGAGAGUGACAGGAGGACGGAGGUGGUUUCAGGAGUGACGCAAUUGCGCACCUGUGCAGUGAUGUCACGGCAGGUGCGGCCAGCGUUCCGAGUUGAGGACAGUUGGCGACACUGAAAAUUCAGCGUCUCCGGGAGUCUCUUUGUAGUCUUUGCCCAGGGCCUUGCCAGGCAAAGGGUAGCCCGACGACCAGCAGCCUCCGCUACUUCUGGGCGCUCGCUAGAAGUACAGAUUUUCGGGCCCCACCGCGACCUACUUGGUCGGUAUCUGUGAUCUGUGAACAGGACCUUUAGCUUAUGGGAGAAGAAUCAGUGUCAGAUUUCGCAGUUCAGGAAUGACCUUAGACAAUAUCAAUCGGGCAGCUUUGGAUCGAAUAAUCCGGGUGGAUCAUGCAGGCGAAUAUGGAGCAAACCGCAUCUAUGCCGGGCAGAUGGCCGUCCUGGGUCGGACCAGCGUCGGGCCAGUCAUUCAGAAAAUGUGGGAUCAAGAAAAGGACCAUUUGAAAAAGUUCAAUGAGUUGAUGGUUACGUUCAGGGUCCGGCCGACAGUUCUGAUGCCCUUUUGGAACGUGAUGGGGUUUGCACUGGGGGCAGGGACCGCCUUGCUCGGGAAGGAAGGUGCCAUGGCCUGCACUGUGGCGGUGGAAGAGAGCAUAGCACAUCACUACAACAACCAGAUCAGGAAGCUGAUGGAGGAGGACCCUGAAAAAUACGAGGAACUUCUUCAGCUGAUAAAGAAAUUUCGGGAUGAAGAGCUUGAGCACCAUGACAUAGGCCUCGACCAUGAUGCAGAAUUGGCUCCAGCCUAUGCCGUGCUGAAGAGCAUUAUCCAGGCCGGAUGCAGAGUGGCGAUAUAUUUAUCAGAAAGAUUGUAAAGUGUGUCUAGUUUUGCCUGUCUAUAAAAGAUGAUAGUAAUUUACCAAGUGGCAUUUGCAGAGAAACAAGUGUACAGUUAUCAUUGUACUUUUGUACAAUGUGAAUUUUGUUAAUAAAUUAUAAGUUUUGUGUUUGUUUUUUUUUUAAUUCUGCAGUGUUGAUUUUUCUCUGGGUUGUUUUUUCUGCCAUGAGACCGACAGGUCACCAGCCUUGUUCAAGUUACAGCAAACAAAGCUGGGCUUUCUUUGGUCUCAUACUUAAUUUUCUUUUAUAUACCUGUUUUUCUUUUACAUGCAUAUAUAUAUAUACACUUUUUUUUUUUUUUUUUUUUUUUUGAGACAGGGUCUUGCUCUUUUGCCCAGGCUGGGUCACAACUCACUGCAGCCUCGACCUCCCAGUCUCAAGCAAGUCCCAGCCUUCCAAGUAGCUGGGACUACAGGUGUGCAUCACCACACCUGGCUAAUUCUAUUUUUUUGUAGAGGCGAAGUCUCACUGUGUUGCCAGGCUGGUCUCUAACUCCUGGGCUCAGUGAUCCUCCUGUUUCGACUUCCCAAAGUGCUGGGAUUACAGGUGUGAGCCACUUCACUAGGUUCAUUUUCUCCUAAAACAUCAAGGACAAAUCGUUAAUAAUGUAACAGGAAUCUUUAGGAGAAAAAACAAUUUGGUUUACUGAUACCAAAAGAUAAUUGGAAACAUGAGAGUAUUUAAGAUUGGCCAAGCAGAACUAUGAAGUCCAUCAAGUAAGUCAAAGUUCAUCGUUUCUGUUUUGAAUUGUGGGUGAUAAUGGGUGGGAGAGUGCUACAGUCUGUAUGUCUGUGUCUCCCUAGAAUUCAUAUGACGAAAUCUUCACUCUCAAGUUGAUAGAAGGUGGGGCCCUUGGGAAGUGUGAGGUCAUGAGAGUGGAGCCCUCAUGAAUGGGAUUAGUGCCUUAUGGAAGGCCCUAGAGAGAUACCUCAUCCUCUCCACAGUGUGAGACUUCAAGGGGAAGUGUGAGACUUCUCUGAGGAAGCCGACCCUUCACAAGCAAAAUCAACCAGCACUUUGAUCACUUCCCAGCCUCUGGGACUGUGAGCAGUAAAUGUGCGAUGUUUAUAAGCCACCAAGACUGUCGUAUUUUGUUAUAGCAGCCUGAACAGACUGAGACGGGUGUGUUGCUUCCAUCAAAGAAUAUAUUAAGUUGUGGAUUAUUUGUGAAAUUGAAUUACAAUCUUUUCCUUAAGGUCUUUUACCACCUCCCCCCCCAAAAACAAAACCCCAAAACUGAUUCAAAUUUUCAUACUCUAAUGAAAUAUUUUAUAAUUUGCAAAUUUUUAAGUAAUUUAUGAAAAACCUAGAUCAGUGGAUCUCCUCUCUGGCUGCCCAUUAGAAUGUCCUGUGGAGAUUAAACUUUUUUUUUUCAGUUAAUGGACCAAGAGUUCUGAUUUACUUAGGGUGGAGUUCAGGAUCAGAAUAGUUUCAGAAGCUCCCAGGUGAUUCUGGUGUGAGUUGGAGCUGCAAGCCCCUGAGCUAGAUUAUAAGAUGCUUCUGGGAAAGAACCACAUUUUAGGAAUUUACCUCCCACCCAGUGCCUUGUGUUUAAUUAGCACCUGAUGACUUGGCAGGACUUGCCCCACCAGGGUCUGGCUUUGAAGGGUAGUGGACACCAGGAUCAUUUGGAUUAAUCCUCUGCCACCUCUCUCUUUUCCUCAACCAAGAGUGAAUUUAUGUAAUUGAGUGAAAGUCUACGAAUCAUAAUUGUAAUAAAUUAAGGCUGGGCAUUUGUUUGAAAUUAGAUAAGAUAAAGCCAAAGGUUUGAACAAGUUGUGGAUGGUUUGUAAAAAUUAAUCUUACAAAAUAAAUGCUCUGUGUGAACACAUUGAUUAAAUUCAAAAGGGUAUUAUUUGGUUUUUCUGUAAAUUGAACCUUGAAAUAAGAGCACAACAAGGUUUUCUUAAGGCACUGAUCUGCUCUUUAACAAGAAUUUGCAAAGGGUUAUAAAAGGUUUACAAGAAUCUCACCUCAUGGUCAAACUAGUUAAGAUUGGAUAGAUUUAUCUAUAAGGUAUUAUUAAAAAUUGGGGAUGACAUUAAUAGUAGACUGAUGCAAGGAUGAAAUUUGACUCUGUCUUGAACAAGAUUUUUAUGUAAUAGUAAAGGAUAAUGAAAGAUUUUUGUUUGCCUUGCAAAUAAACUACCAAAAAAAAGAAGGGAAAGGCAAGAGACAAAUUGUUUGGAAAGUUGUCUUCCCUUUUAAUGAGUAAAGCUUUUGUGCCUUUUAAAAAAGUUUUUGAGUCAUCAUUUUGGCUGAUGAUAACCUGGAAUUCUAUUUUAUGAUAUCAAGUGUUUUAAACCUUUAACAUGUUCAGUAGCCUUCCCCAAAUCAAACUUUGGCUUCAAGGUUGUCUUUUUUGACCCCUAACUUUUGGAUGCCACAGAGAGCCCCUGGAUUAUUUGACAUGUUUAAUUACAAGGGAUUGCCAAAAUAAAAAUAAUGUUUAAUCUUAUUCAGGUUACAUUUUAGUGAAUAACAUUAAUAUAUGUUCCAAAAUUGUAUGAGAUUUCUAAAAUUCUAAUAUCUGAGUAUAUGAUAUCAAUUAUAAUUAGGGUUAUUAUGUUAAGUUAUUGUAAACCACAGAAAUAACGAAAUUUCUUUGUCAAUCGUGUUUUUGACUGUGACUGUCUAAAGAUAUCUUGUCAUUCACAGACAAUCGUAGUCUUGUUUUGAUCCUCUUCAAAAGAUGGUUUAUAAUCAGCUGUAGAACUUAGGUGCUCUGAAAUGCAGAUUUCCAAUAUCUUUAAAUUGUGAUAUUAGAAUAAAGGAAAAACAUUCAGGACUCAUGAAGAGCUGAAAUAGUCAUGAAUAUCAAGCAGAACAAGAGUUAACUGAAUGGGCUGAACUAAUAGAAAACAGGUAAUCUGUUUAACUUUUUGCUUAAAACAUUGCUGAUGUUUUGUUUUUCAGAGUCAGGAAACUUUUAUUUUGAGCUGUUUACAGCUUUUAACAAUUGAGUAAGGUAUACUCCUGUGAACAAAAUUUGGAGUGUAUUUGUUUCUCUGCUGUUUUCUCUAGAAUUUGGAAACUAUUUGUGAGUAUUCUUAUGGCAAUGUAGUUAUUUGCAUAAGUGCAACAAGAAUCCAUUUUCUUUUGCAACAGGACACAAUUGGAGGAACUGGUUCUUUUACCAGUUUCUGAUAGAAGGGUGUGCUUCCCUUUAGGGAAUCAAGCUUGACUUGCAGAGCCAAAAAAAGGGAGAAACUGGCCUCAUACCUUGUCUACACAGUCCUUGUACAGGGCUCCUAACCUGUGAUGAGUAAAGAAUGUCACUUUCUAAUGGGUCCAGGACCCCCAAGUUAUCUUGGGACCUCAAGAAGAGAGGAAUUUACCCAACUCAUAGGUAUUUGAGAGUACAAACCCAUUGCUGGGCUUGACUUUAAAAAGACUUUUCUGAUAUGCCUUAUGGAACAGAAUUCCAUCAGAGCCAAUUGUAAAAGCAUAUGUGAAAAAUAAUUAUUGCUGUACUUUAUGCAAAUAAUCAGGCCAAGUAUAAGACUAAAGUUUAUUUUGCAAACAAUCCUAUUAUGAUUUGUUUUUAACAAAAAUGAAGACUGGAGAGAGAAAAAUUGUUUCAAAACUUAUCACACUUGUCAUUAAAUUCUAGUUUUAUUAGUUGUUUUUAA